AUGUGUCUCUGUACGCGCAUGCGUACUUCCUGUUUUUGUUUUAUUACCAUAUUUUUGUCUUUUACACAUUAUCGUAGCUUCGUAUUUGAUACUUGCGAUCUUAUAAUCUCUUCUUUAUUUCGUUCUUUCAAUGCAUUUUAUUAUAUUCUUUUUUUUCUUUCUUUUCCCUCUUUCCUUCGUUUUACUUUCAGUUUUUUUUAUUGUAUUUCUGUUUCUUAUCGCAAUUUUUCCUCCUUAUUUCUUUCUUUCUUUCUUUCUUUCUUUCUCGAUUCCCUUUUCAUUUGUUUCUUUCUUUUCUUUUGCUCAAGACCCUCUUUUUCGUCUUACUUUCUUAUAUUUUUUCUUUUUGUCUUUCUUUUGAUCAUUAUUUCACUUUCUCUUCUUUUCUUUUAUGAUCUUCUUUAUUUCACUCUAUCAUUGCAUUCUCUGAAUAUCGUUUUUCGUUCUGUUGUCUUUUUCUCUUUUUUUAAGAUUUUUGUUGUUGUACAUCUUUUUUCUUUUUCUUUUUUUUUAAAGAAAACUAUUUUAUGUCUCUUCUAUUUUUCGCUGAGUUCUCUCCCCUAUCUUCACACGCAAUCUUUUUUUUCUUUUCAUUCAUUCUUUUUCUCUUCCUUCUUUCUUAACAUUUUUCUCUUCAUUCAUUCCACACAUUUUUUUUCCGUUUCAUUCAUUAUUCGUUCCUCUAGUUUAAGUUUUUUUUUUCUUUCUGUGUUUCAUUUAAUGUGCUCUUCCUUGUCAUCUCGGGUCUGUCAGAACUGGUCACAUUUCUUUUCAAGAAAAAGAGGAUCUGAAAGUCCCAGAACGAUGUCAAGCAUAUCAUUCUGA